AUCAGUUAUACGCUAACAUUCAAAAUGUGGACAGUGCUCAUCUGCCUUUUGCUGCUCGGUUCGGUUCUGACCUUUUCCCAGAGUCCCUUGGAUACUGAGGACUACAGAGGAUAUAUUCGUCAUCGGGACUAUUCAAGGAACGAAUCGCCAUGCGGUCCACGUGUUUGUGCCACUUGUAAUUAUGGAUACCGCUGGUUCGAGAGUAUUUGCGAGUUCAAUAACUACAAUCUCAGGAUGAUUUUUACUGGAAAAGAAGAAUCUGUUAAAUUGGAUGAUUAUUAUUGCCAUACAUCGCUGUCACCUCAGCGGAAUAGGGGCUACUUCUACAGUAGUAGUAGGAGUAAUUACAAGAGCUUGCUGGCCUCCCAACCACCUCGUUCCACGUACACCUCCCCCUAUGUUCCAAAACCCUGUCUCACGGAGAAUGUUAGGCGUAUUCCAGCGGCAUCUCUUUUGGAUUAUGAGAGACCGCAAGUAGAGGCAGUGGAUUAUGUACCUGCGGUUCCAGUCUGGUAUUUUAGGCCACCUCUGCCAGCCCCUCCGCCAAGGAGGCCUCCUGUGAGCUUUAGACCUCCAUACUGGCAUUAUCCCACCAGGCGACCAGAUGUCACUGGAAAACCGUGCUAUGAUGAGACUUCGACAACUAGUACGACAACUCUGGCACCAACAUCCACAACGGAGUCUACAACUACGGAAGCUUCAACAUCAACUACUGAAACUUCAACAACAACUACCACUGAAGCUACAACAACAACUACUGUAGCUCCAACAACAACUACCACUGAAGCUUCAACAACAACUACUGCAGCUCCAACAACAACUAGUACUGAAGGUCCAACAACAACUUCUACUGAAGCUUCAACAAAAACUAGUACUGAAGCUCCAACAACAACUUCUACUGAAGCUUCAACAAAAACUACAGAGCCUACACCAACCACCACUACCGAAUCACCAAACACUACGGAGCCUGUAACAACAACAGUCUCUGAUCCUUCAACAACAACAGUCUCUGAUCCUUCAACAACAACAGUCUCUGAUCCUUCAACAACAACAGUCUCUGAUCCUUCCACAACAACUGUCUCUGACCCUUCAACAACAACAGCCUCUGAUCCAUCAACAACAACUUCUGACCCCUCAACAACUACUGAUCUUUCGACUCCUGAGCCUUCAACUACUGAUCCUUCGACUACAGAUCCUUCAACUACUGAUCCUUCAACGACCACCAUCACAGAUCCUACAACCACGACAACUAUUACUGACCCUUCAACAACAACUGACUCUUCAACGACAACUACUGAUCCUUCAACAACAACAACCACGGAUCCUUCGACAACAUCAACCACUGAAGCUUCAACAACAACCACAACAGACCCAUCAACAACUACAACAACCACGGAACCAACAACCACAACUGAUCCUUCAACGACAUCCACGACAACCGCAACACCCGCUGCUAACAAUGUGGUUAUUGAAGUUCUAGACAACGGAAAGCGGUUGCGUUUUGUCUUAGCCACCUUGGCCACUGAUCCGGCAACUGGAGAGCCCAAUUUCAAAAAUAUCACAACAGUACUUAUCACCACCGGAGGUUCCGUAGUCUAUUCUUUCGUCGGUGGAAUUGUGGAUGAGACUUCUACUAUAGCCACAACUACAACGACUACCACCACAGCUGCGCCCUCGACCACUUCGACUACCAAAAAACCACCAUACUACCAAUGGUACGGACAAACCGACUAUACCCAAGCCCAGCUCAUUUACUAUUAAUUUUCCGUACUGACAAUAAAAUAGAAAUUCUUAAUU